AUGGAUGACACCCAUGCAAAAAUGGACAAAAAACGAAAAAAUAUCGUGUUGACAUUAGUGGAAAAGGUGCGUAUAAUAGAAGAUUUUGAAUCUGGAGGCGCAACGCAUGAUACGCUAGGGAAGAAGUACGGUAUAGGAUCUUCUACUGUAACCAGGAUUAUACAGAAAAAAGAAACGAUUCGAGCAGCAGCGGAGAAAUUUACCGAAUAUGGGGUGGAUAACCGAAAGACAUUGAGGGAGCAGAGGUUCCCUUUGCUGGAAGAAGCUCUCUAUGUAUGGAUUCUCCAGCAGCGACAGUCUCAUAUUCUGUUAACGGUGGAAAUUCUGAAAACAAAGGCGGAGCUUUUGUUCAAGCUGUUGCAGGAUAAAGGGCACUACGUCGUGCACAAAUUUUCGGCCUCAGACGGCUGGAUGCAUCGCUUCAAGCAGCGGUUUGGAUUGCGGGUUAAAACGGUAGCGGGUGAAAAGGCAUCUGCAGAUGUUGGAGCAUACCUGAACUUUAAAGCGAUUCUACAAAAGAAAAUUCGUGAUAUGCAGCUGUCGAACUCUCAGGUUUUCAAUGCAGACGAAUCUGCACUUUUUAUCAAGCUCUUGGCUACCCGUUCUGUUGUUACGCACACUGAAACCAUGGCGAGUGGGCGAAAGCAGAAUAAAACCAGGUAUACGUUCAUGCCAGAGACGAUGGUAUUAUAUAGAGACACGCGGAGAGAAUAA